AUGUUCCACGAAGGCAGAACCCAUCCCACGCUGGAUCACAUCGUCAUCCUAGUGUCUCACAAGACUCUCUCGGGCUUAUCCGACUCCCUCCACCAUCUAUUCACCGUAGCUCUAGGAGGAAACCACGCGGACGGACUUACGUCAAACAAGCUCGUCCUGCUAAAAGAUGGAGUUUAUAUCGAAUUCAUCGCGUUUUUCGACUCUGUCGACCCCGAGCGACGCAAGCAACAUCGAUGGGGAAACUUGAAAGAAAAUACAAUUAUCGACUGGGCUUUCACAUUCCCUCCAAAGGGUGAUUUCGACGCCAUCAAGCAGCGAGUACUGAAUCGCAACUCUGGUUUUCACUACCAGGAACCUGAUGGCUGGGGGAGGAAGAGAAAUGAUGGAACGAUGCUGGAGUGGAGGCUUAGCGCUCCAGUAGACUCCCUAGGCAACCCGGUCCCCGGGAUAAUACCAUUCUGGUGCCUGGACAAGACCCCUCGGGAGCUGCGUGUUCCGUUUGAAGCGCAGCCUGAGUUGACGGAUCAUCCCUGCCGUGCGGUAAGGGUUUCUUCUCUAUCGGUUACUGUUCCCCAUGGGCAAUCCUCCGAUAUAAAGAAGGUUUAUGAAGCCAUUUAUGACUUGCAGUCUCGAAGCCAAUGGCCUUAUGAGGUUCCAUCGGACAGGAGCGUUGGUACACACUGCAUUUCCCUCUUGGAAGACGUGAAAAUGGUGGUUACACUCACUCUUAGUGGGCCUGAGCGUGGACAGGUUGAAGUGCUGCCGGGGCUUGUAUUUAACAUUCAGUAG